CGGAAAUGCUGACGAAAAAAACAAAAUGGUGGCGCGGAGCUAAAAACAAAACAUCGGUAGAAGAGACAGAAGCGAGACGACACCUGGGAAAUGAGAGCAGUUUGCUGAAUUUAGUUUAGUACGGCUGUGUCAAACAUAUGUAGAUGAGAAUGUGGACUUGAGUGGUUUGCUAAGGUUCUUAGAAAAUACACGUAAUCAUUGCAAAACGGCGGAGCAGUGACUAUUUCUCAACGCGCCCAGCGAGGACGCCAGUGGAACUCUGCAUCGGGGUUCAUCCCUAACCAGCAACAGUGAUGGCGGACCCCAGUGCAGACACCACCCCCUUCUUCUCUGAUGAUGUGGAGGGGGAGGAGUCUGGUGAGGCGGGGGAGGAGUCUGAGCAGCCACAGGAGGAGGAGCCAGCCAGUGGAGUGUCGGACUGCAGAGCAAAGAUGACCGUGGGAGUGCUCUGCUUAAUCAACCUGCUCAACUACAUGGACCGCUUCACAGUAGCAGGUGUACUUCCAGAUAUUGAGAAGUUCUUCGGCAUCAAUGAUGGGACCUCAGGCUUACUGCAGACAGUGUUCAUCUGUAGCUACAUGUUCCUGGCUCCUCUCUUUGGUUACCUUGGCGACCGCUACAACAGGAAGAUCAUCAUGUGUGUGGGCAUCAGCUUCUGGUCCGUAGUGACCCUGGCCAGCUCGUACACACCUAGAGAUCACUUCUGGGCUCUGCUGGUGACGCGGGGGCUGGUGGGUGUUGGGGAGGCCAGUUACUCCACCAUCGCCCCCACCAUCAUCGCCGACCUCUUCGUCAAGGAGAAGAGGACCUCCAUGCUCACAGUCUUCUACUUUGCCAUCCCCGUGGGCAGUGGUCUAGGUUACAUUGUGGGGUCAAAGGUCGAUGACAUUGCAGGAGAUUGGCACUGGGCACUACGGGUGACCCCAGUGCUGGGGGUGGUGGCGGUGCUGCUGCUGAUGCUGGUGGUGCAGGAGCCCAAUCGGGGCGCCAUCGAGGCGCAUCCUGAACACACACUCCACCGCACCAGCUGGCUCGCCGACAUGCAGGCGCUCUGCAAGAAUCCUAGUUUCCUGUUGUCCACGUUCGGCUUCACGGCGGUGGCGUUUGUGACGGGCUCUCUGGCCCUUUGGGCUCCAGCCUUCCUCUUCAGAGCCGCCGUCUUCAACGGGGAGAGAGAGCCCUGCAGAGGCAACUCCUGCAGCAACACCGACAGCCUGUACUUUGGCAUCGUGACGUGUGUGACGGGCAUUGUGGGCGUGGCUAGUGGUGUGGAGGUGAGUCGGCGGCUGAAGCGCUGGACGGCCCGAUCUGACCCGCUCGUCUGCGCCUUCGGCCUGCUGAUGGCCGCGCCCUUCCUCUACCUCGCCAUCGUGUUCGCCCAGGCCAGCACCAUCGCCACAUACGUGUUCAUCUUCCUGGGGAAUACCUUCCUGUCCAUGAACUGGGCCAUCGUAGCCGACAUCCUACUGUAUGUGGUGGUUCCAACGCGGCGCUCGACAGCCGAGGCUUUCCAGAUCGUUCUCUCUCACCUGCUGGGAGACGCAGGCAGCCCCUACCUUAUAGGAGUGGUGUCGGACUCUCUGAAGAGGGAGGACUCAUUCAUGUGGGCGUUCCGGUCGCUGCAGCUCUCGCUCCUGAUUUGCUCGUUCAUCGCCGUUGGGGGCGGAGCCUUCUUCCUGGCCACCGCCGUCUUCAUCGAGAAGGACCGCCUCCUGGCCGAGAACUACGCCCCCUCCGAUGAUGCACCAAUUGUUGUUCCCAAAAGAGGCAGAUCCACCAAAGUCCCAGUGUCCAGCGUGCUGAUUUGACGAGGGAACGAUGUGGGCGGGUCCGUCUCCUCUGAGAGAGCCGAAUCCUCAUUGGAGCGUCUGACGGACCCCUGAACCGCUCAGCCAAUCGGAAGGGAGUGUUUGUUUUGGCCGUCACCUGAUUGGACGGAUUUCCCCUCUAGGGGCGUGGCUGUGUGUAUUUAUUACUCCACCAGGGGGUGCUCCACUGGACACUCAUGGGAAACACAGCCUCCCACUCGGCCGGGGAGCACGGAGUGUGUGUGUGUGUGUGUGUGUGUGUGUGUGUGCGCGCGCAUGUUUGUGUGAGAGACACAAUUUUAGAGGGAAGGAAGACUAUGUGUGUGUGUGUGUGUGUGUGUGGAAGAAAGAGUGAGUUGCACUUGCGAGUUUGAGAGGGUGUUUGUGUGAACGUUUUAAUCUUUGACCUUUUUUAUAGACACUAUAUAACACCAACGUAUCUACUGCUUCAUCCCCUGAAAACACACACAAACACACACACACACACUUUUUUAUUAUUUCAUUUAAUUUUAUUUUAUUUUUAUUUCAUUUUAUUUUUAGUUUUAAUGUGUUUUAAGGUUUGACUCUUAGCUGUGCUGCACGACCUCUGAUGGGAACCGCGUCCUUACCGUGUGUGUGUGUGUGUGUGUGUGUGUGUGUGUAAAUGGGAAUCUAAAUGGUUUUAUCUUAACAUUCUAUAAAUGAACAGUUCUGUGUGUGUGUGUGUGGAGAAAGCGAGAAUGUGCGUGUGUGUGUGAACACCUCCAAUAGAACUGUCCAACACAUAUAACCUCAUGUAAUUGGUUCUCAGUCAUGUUAAUGUUAAUGUGCAGGACUCGUGUGUGUGUGUGUGUGUGUGUGUGUGUGUGUGUGUGUGUGUGUGUGUGUGUGUGCACUCAAUGUGUGUGUCGUGUGCAUCUCCAUGUGUGUCUGAAAAUGGUCUGUGUCAUCCUAACAUUCUGUAAACAGUUCUGUUUGUGAGAUGGAGAGAGAGAGAGCGUGUGUGUGUGCGUGUGUGUGUGUGUUGGGGCGUGGGUGUUGGGGCGAGUAUAUUGCACAGGCUCGGUGUGUGUGUGCACCAGUGUGUCUGUCUGAGAGAAGUGUGUGUAACUCUUGUGAUGAAGACGGACACGGGUGCGGAGCUAAGAGAGACUGUUUUUUCUAAUGUCUUGUACACACACAUUAAAGACAACUUCUUGUCCAACUUCA